AUGAAGGUCUGCAAACUCUUCUUCAUCUUUCUGCUCCUGAGUUCAACGCUUGGAGAGGACACAGUAGCGGACGACAUCGGCGUCCAUCAGCUGCAGCGUUUAGUGGAGAUGCUGACGUCCACUGAGUGUGAAGACCUCCUGCUUGCUCUGUCUCAUGCUGAAGAGAACAUCUUCCAGCAUCUUGAGCGUCUCGCCAGAAAAAAUCAACUAGAUCUCGCGCCUCGAGUCAAGAGACACACCUCUCCGACUGCAGAUAGUGAGACUCAGUGCCGAACAGCCCUGACAGACUGGCUGCUGAGGUACGGCAAGGAGACCUACUACGACAGGCUUUCUCGCGCCUUGCAGCACAUCGGCAGAACAGACAUCGCCAUUGAAGUGGGAAAGAACAUCAAUCAGGACAAAGCCUUGAGUCUGAAACGCUACGUUGAAGGUUACCACAAAUAUGUCAGCUCUUUAAACCUUCCUUCGGUAAAAUCAGACACACAGGACCAGCAGCGUGCACACCAGCGGGUCAGAACAAGAAAAGUGAGGGAUCUGACAUGGCGUGACCUGGAUCUCAUUGUGGAGCGACCUGCUGUACCUCCGUACCAGAAGGGACCUCUGGACGUAGCUCUUCCGGUCUUGUAUGGCUUUCUGCUGGGCUUUGGAGGCGCCUUGCUUGCCGGCGUAUCUUUCCACGUCAUCAUUGUCCACAUUUCUUGUAGAAGGCAGCAGAUCACUCCACGAUCACUAGCAGUUCCAGUCGUAAAGUCACGGUCGGAGCUGUGA